GAUAACGCCUGUUUUAUUUUCAUUGCGUCGAUGUCGGAGGCAUACGAGAGAGUGAAAGGGGGCAGGCUGACCUUCAAAGGAGGAACCCUAGCUUCAAGAAGCAAAUCCAUUGAUAAAAAGAAGAAGAAAAAGCACAAGAAAUCAUCUGACGAAAACGCUAACGUCACCGAAGAAAUUCUCACCGGGGACGCCGCUACUGCGACUGCAGAAGAUGGUGGUGGUUCCGCGGCUGCGGAAGGUGGAUCAGGAGGAGGCGAUGACGGUAUUUACACGAUUGAUGCGGCGAAACGCAGGAAGUACGAUGAUCUGUUCCCUGUGGAGGCUAAGAAGUUCGGGUAUGAUCCGAAAGCGAAGGUGAAGUCGGUUGAGGAUGCCCUUGACGAUAGAGUGAAGAAGAAGGCUGAUCGUUAUUGCAAAUAGAUGAGCUCAUUUCUAAAUCGAAGGACAUUAUAUUUUGAAAAAAACUAUCAAAUUAUAGCAUGGAAAUUUGCUUUGUAUUCAGAUGACAUUCCUAUAAUUGGGGUUGCAUACAAAAAUGGGCGUGUUGUACUUGAGAUAUUACUUGAAAUACAAAGCAGCUUGAAGUUUGUAUAAUUUAGAUAGUUUACAUUUAUAAACCUUACCAUGAAGUAUGAAGUAUGAAAGUAGGAUCCUUUUAAUCAAUCUUGUAGACCUAUACAGACUAUGUAUAAUGCUUUACAUUUUUAUAUAAUCUGGUAAACUCAACCACUUAAUUUACAGCCUGUUUCUGUAGCUGGAGACACAAUCAAAAGAUGAUUGUGUUGGACCUUGGUGGGUUGUCACAGUUUGCAGGAAUCCAUCCAAUUGUUUGUUUUUCAUUGUCAUAUAUCACCAUCUUAUCUUGCAUCGAUAUAUCUACAAAAUACACAAAAAUCUUCACUAUUUUUGUCUUUUUUAAACUACUUCAACACUUUUUUAGGUGGUGGGACAUAAAAUUUCAAUUUCUGUCCCAUUGUUAUUAGUCUCAGUCCAAUGCAUGUCAAAUACAGUAUAAAUGUUUUCUAAUCGUACCUCCAAUUAUGUUGAAGUUUUGAAGUCCGACUUCAGUGCCAUUGAGAACUCCUAAACAGACACUCCCUCUUGACUGUGAAAGUAAGAAAAAGAAAAUCCAAAUUCCAUGAGUCAGAAAAACUUGAUUUUGUUUGGUGGAUUUUAAAUAAUUGGAAUGAAAAAGGAGACUUACUGAGAUAAGAAGGUAUCCUUCAAGUGGGAUUUCGAAUUGAGUUUUGGAUCUCCAACCAUUGGAAAAGCUUAAAGCCACAGGCUUAAAGUACUUCUUUACAUCCCUUAUGCUUCUGAAUGGUUUUCUUCCUUUCCAGCAAAAGGGUAGAGUUUCAUCAUCUACUGCUUCUCGUAUAGGCUUCCCACUCAAUUCUUUUGUUAUC